AUGGCCAACCUAGCGGCCGCCUACAAACCCGGCCCACAUGAACUUCUUGUUAGGAAUGAAAUCAUUACAUUCCACCCAAUCGAAUGGAAGAUUGCUAAGCUCGCUAUCUUCCCGCUCCAAUACCCGGCCAUUCUUGGCUCUUUUUUCGGGGGUAGAGUUGAAGCAGUCGGUCCACAAGUUACACGCUUCAAGGUUGGUGACAAAGUAGCCGCAGCUAAAAAAUUCGGAGCAGUCGGCAACCACUAUGGUGCCUAUCAGAGAUAUGUGGUGGCCUGGGACAGUAUGGCAAGCAAAGUACCAGAGGGUACCGAUCUCACCAUCCCGGCCAGCUUGACAGGGAAUUUGGGGUCCGUCAUAGGUCUGUUCACCGCAAAUGCUGGAUUGGACAAGCCUAGUCUUGAUGGCUUCGCCUCAGCCAAAAACAAUAAGGUUUUGAUUUACGGCGGUUCAUCUAGUUUCGGCAGCCUGUCCGUUCAAUAUGUCUCCGAAGCAGGGUAUACCGUGGUCACCACUAGUUCACCAAAUCACAAGGAGUUUGUGUAA